CAGCCCUUGGAGGCCGCGCUGGGCAUGCUCAGUCUGCUGGGCCGCCUCAGCUUUCGGAGUAGGAAGCUCGGGCGCUCGGGCUGUGAGGAGCCGCGGAGGGGGGAAAAUGGAGCCCUUCACCAAUGAUCGGCUUCAGCUCCCCAGGAAUAUGAUUGAAAACAGCAUGUUUGAAGAAGAACCAGAUGUGGUGGAUUUAGCCAAAGAGCCUUGUUUACAUCCUCUGGAGCCUGAUGAGGUGGAAUAUGAGCCCCGGGGUUCCCGACUGCUGGUGCGGGGUCUUGGUGAGCAUGAGAUGGACGAGGAUGAAGAGGAUUAUGAGUCAUCAGCAAAGUUGCUGGGCAUGUCCUUCAUGAAUAGAAGCUCAGGCCUUCGGAACAGUGCAACUGGUUACAGGCAGAGCCCAGACGGGGCUUGUUCAGUACCCUCUGCAAGGACCAUGGUGGUCUGUGCUUUUGUCGUUGUGGUUGCUGCUUCUGUAAUCAUGGUGAUUUACUUACUACCCAGAUGUACCUUUACCAAAGAAGGCUGCCAUAAAAAAAACCAAUCAAUUGGACUAAUUCAGCCAAUUGCAACAAAUGGAAAAUUGUUUCCAUGGGCACAAAUCAGGCUUCCCACUGCCAUUGUGCCACUACGCUAUGAACUCAACCUACACCCGAACCUAACCUCGAUGACAUUCAGGGGUUCUGUGACAAUUUCAGUUCAGGCUCUUCAGGUCACAUGGAGUAUCAUUCUUCAUAGCACAGGUCAUAAUAUUUCAAGAGUGACCUUUAUGUCAGCAGUUUCAAGCCAAGAAAAACAAGUUGAGAUCCUGGAAUAUCCAUAUCAUGAACAGAUCGCCAUUGUUGCCCCUGAAGCCCUUCUAGCAGGGCACAAUUAUACGUUGAAGAUAGAGUUCUCGGCAAAUAUAUCUAGUUCUUACUAUGGGUUUUAUGGCUUCUCCUACACAGAUGAAAGUAAUGAGAAAAAGUACUUUGCAGCAACUCAGUUUGAACCCCUGGCAGCAAGAUCUGCUUUUCCUUGUUUUGACGAACCAGCAUUUAAAGCCACUUUUAUCAUCAGGAUCAUAAGGGAUGAGCAAUACACUGCUUUAUCAAAUAUGCCUAAGAAGUCAUCAGUCGUUCUAGAAGAUGGACUUGUUCAGGAUGAGUUUUCUGAGAGUGUGAAGAUGAGCACUUACCUGGUUGCUUUCAUUGUGGGAGAGAUGAAGAACCUGAGUCAGGACAUAAAUGGAACCCUGGUUUCUAUAUAUGCUGUACCAGAAAAGAUUGGUCAAGUUCACUAUGCCUUGGAAACAACUGUGAAGCUUCUUGAGUUUUAUCAAAACUACUUUGAAAUUCAGUAUCCACUUAAGAAAUUGGAUUUGGUGGCUAUUCCUGACUUUGAAGCAGGAGCAAUGGAAAAUUGGGGUUUGCUCACCUUCCGAGAGGAGACGCUUCUGUAUGACAAUAACACUUCUUCAAUGGCAGAUAGAAAACUGGUGACUAAAAUCAUUGCUCAUGAACUGGCUCACCAGUGGUUUGGCAAUUUGGUAACAAUGAAGUGGUGGAAUGAUCUAUGGCUAAAUGAAGGUUUUGCCACUUUCAUGGAGUAUUUCUCUUUGGAAAAAAUAUUCAAAGAGCUUUCUAGUUAUGAAGAUUUCUUAGAUGCUCGAUUUAAAACCAUGAAGAAAGAUUCCUUAAAUUCAUCUCAUCCAAUAUCAUCAUCUGUUCAGUCUUCAGAACAAAUUGAAGAAAUGUUUGAUUCUCUUUCCUAUUUUAAGGGAGCUUCUCUCUUGUUGAUGCUGAAAACUUACCUUAGUGAAGAUGUGUUUCAACAUGCUGUUGUCCUUUACCUGCAUAAUCACAGCUAUGCAUCCAUUCAGAGUGAUGAUCUGUGGGAUAGUUUUAAUGAGGUCACAAACCAAACACUAGAUGUAAAGAGAAUGAUGAAAACCUGGACCCUGCAGAAAGGAUUUCCUUUAGUGACUGUUCAAAAGAAAGGAAAGCAACUUUUUAUACAACAAGAGAGAUUCUUUUUAAAUAUGAAGCCUGAAAUUCAGCCUUCAGAUACAAGCUACCUGUGGCAUAUUCCACUAUCCUAUGUCACUGAAGGAAGAAAUUAUUCAAAAUAUCAGUCGGUAUCAUUACUGGAUAAGAAAUCAGGUGUCAUCAAUCUUACAGAAGAAGUGCUGUGGGCCAAAGUGAAUAUAAACAUGAAUGGUUAUUAUAUUGUACACUAUGCAGAUGAUGAUUGGGAAGCUCUAAUCAAUCAGUUGAAAAUAAAUCCUUAUGUUCUGAGUGACAAAGACCGAGCCAACCUUAUCAACAACAUCUUUGAACUUGCAGGCCUAGGCAAGGUACCUCUCCAGAGGGCCUUUGAUUUGAUUAAUUAUCUUGGAAAUGAGAACCAUACUGCACCCAUCACUGAAGCCCUGUUUCAGACAGGCCUCAUCUAUAACCUGCUUGAAAAACUGGGAUACAUGGAUCUGGCCUCAAGACUGGUGACCAGGGUAUUUAAAUUACUUCAAAACCAAAUUCAACAACAAACUUGGACUGAUGAAGGCACUCCAUCUAUGCGAGAGCUUCGGUCAGCCCUGCUAGAGUUUGCCUGCACCCACAACCUGGGGAACUGCUCCACUACUGCCAUGAAACUGUUUGAUGACUGGAUGGCAUCCAAUGGAACUCAAAGCCUACCUACUGACGUCAUGACAACUGUGUUCAAAGUUGGAGCGAAAACUGACAAAGGCUGGUCUUUCCUUUUGGGCAAAUACAUUUCUAUAGGCUCUGAGGCAGAGAAGAACAAAAUACUAGAAGCACUUGCCAGCUCAGAGGAUGUGCGGAAGCUUUACUGGUUAAUGAAAAGUAGCCUGAAUGGAGAUAACAUCCGAACACAGAAGCUGUCUUUUAUCAUUAGAACAGUGGGUCGACAUUUUCCUGGACACUUACUGGCAUGGGAUUUUGUCAAAGAGAACUGGAAUAAGCUUGUACAGAAGUUCCAUCUGGGGUCCUAUACUAUACAAAGUAUUGUUGCUGGAUCAACUUACCUGUUUUCAACAAAGGCACAUUUAUCUGAGGUUCAGGCAUUCUUUGAAAAUCAGUCAGAGGCAACCUUCCGGCUUCGUUGUGUCCAGGAGGCUUUGGAAGUCAUUCAGUUGAAUAUCCAGUGGAUGGAGAAGAACCUCAAAAGUCUCACAUGGUGGCUGUAGCAUGCACAACCGCACCUCAUUUUGUCGCCCAUUCAGAGAGCUUGUAAGCUUGGGCUCUGCUGCUUUUUCAAAAGCCAAGAUAAAGCCAGGAUCGCUGCCAAGUUGUUUGCACUCUUAGGAGUUCUAGUUAGCUCAGGGCCUGACUGUAUUUUUCAUCCGUCUUUUCUGAAAUGUCUUUGGGCAGUAUGUAGUUAUUUAUUAUAAAAUUAUAUUCACCUAAAUGCCAACCAUCUACAAAAACAAUGAGUAAUUUUUCUACUUUGAAGAUACACAAAUGGGGGAAAAAAACCCUGUUUUGGAAUUCUGUUCUAUUCCUCAGUAUACAGAAAGUUACUGACAUAGUAAAACAAGGAAAGUUCUACCCUAAGAGCCACCAUCACUGCAGGCCGCUGAUUUGUCAGCCAUCUGUUGCUUCUUAUUGAUAGAUGGUAUUGGAAUGUGGUACAAAGUUAGCUCUGAAGAAUAUGAUAAUGAAGACAAUAAAGCAUGCACUGUAAGAACCGACCUCAGGUGUGCAAAUCUACUUUGAUUUGGGGUUUUGAUUAAUUCUUUAUUUUUCUGAAAAAAAGGUUAAAUAAUGUCUGUAACUAUUGUGGUUUUUUUCCUGCAGAAUAGCCAGGUGCUACAGAUUUUUAAAAUUUUUGUUGUAUUGAAAAGCUAAACAAGGCCAAAAGGUUAAAUGUUUUGAAUAUUUAAGACUUUCUUUUUCAUCUUUUAUAGAGUUACCAUAGGAAACUGUUCCAAACUGAGUUAACUUUAAUUAAAAUUAUUUCAUUCAUAAACGGUGAUAGUCCCCAAAUCUGUACACCUUUAUCACUCCCUGCCGUAGAUAUACUUUAGGUUAGUAUUUCUACAUUCGUGGCAAGCAUUUUGCUAACACCAGUGUUUUUCAUUGUGACUUUUAUCGCUAUUACUAAGAAUGCAAUUUAAGUUGCCUUUUGGCAUCAUAGAUCAUAGAAACUUUCUCUCUGAAUCAUACCCAUGUGUGAAUUUUCAUUUUAUAUGAUAGUGUAGCAUAUUAUAAGCGUAUUUUAAAACAGGGCCUUUGAGAAAUUGAAAAAAAAAAUUAUUUGAAGUUCACCAUAGUACCUUAAAGGAACAAAGAGAAUGUGGGAUAGGAGUAACUUGAAUUCGUGUUUAGUAUGGUGGGCUUUGAAUUUUUUUCACUAUCAGAAAUCGUGCUUUUGUUUAGUUAAAAAUUAUAGUUUUUCUUUUUUGUGUGUCCAAACUAGCAUAAAAGGAGUGGUCAAAGAAGGAAAGAAAGAAAAAUGAGGGAGGAUGUCCAAAGCUGUAUAGCAUUUUACUCCUUCUGAAAGAGAAAUACUGUACUUGAAUUUUUGAGCUAUGCAGACUUAUACCUAGAUUGUUGUGUUUCUUUGAUUCUUAGGAGAAAAGCUGUCUUCCUAAUAACUAUUGAGAACUUUAUAUGUUUGAAAACAGUUUCUAUGUACAUAAAAAGGGUAGUUACCCAUUUGUGAGCACUUAAAACACUCCACAGAGUCAGAGAGUGGGAAAGGUCACCUUUUUUAUUCAGCAGGUAUAAAGUUAGAAUGUGUGGAAUUGUGAAUAAAAUUAUAUUUUAUUUUAUGAAAAUAUUUUUAUAUAAUAAAAUUUAAAAGGCUGGUAAGCUAAAAAAAUAGUCGUCUUUAAUCCUAGUGUGUUUUCCCCAAUUUAGUCUUUUCUAAACCUUAUCUGUUUUAGAGUAGAAAAUAUUAUAUCCUGAGAAUCACAGAAUCAUCUAAGUAUGUCUUAUUCAACUGAGGUGAUUGUAAGUCUUUAUUCUUGUGCUUUGGUUAAAUGAAUGAUAAUUUAGUUGAUAGUGAAAGUUAAUGUGUUUUUAUAUUUUUGGAGUGAGGGAAAAAUACUAAACUUUUGAGAAUUUUGUUGUUGUUGCUGGUUUUUUACCAUGUUGUACUAAAUUCCACUUUGAUACAAAAUUUAAAUUUUGUAACUUCUCAAGAUCAGUUAAGAUUCUUCAGUUUUACCUGUGCUUCUUGACAUCACUCCUGUAAUGUAUGUUAGUUAACUCUGCAUAUGGCAAAUCUUGUCUUGAAUUAUAUCAUUUCUCUCCCUCUCUCUGUCUCUCUCUGUCUCUGUCUCUCUCUCUCUCUCUCUGUCUCUCUCUGUCUCUCUCUUUCUCUCUCUCUCACUGUGUGUGUGUAUGUGUGGUGUGGGAGGUACUGUUAUGAGUAAAACCUUAUCAAAACUUGGCCUAAAAAAGAGAUAACUCAUGAUCCAUUGCUAUCUUUAUUACUCAAAGGCUGUUCAUUCCCUUGAUACCAGACCCAUAGUAGUUGUAGGUUUUUGUUGUUCUUGCCCUUACCUUAAUUAUUUGUAGUUUUAGUAGGCCUUGCCUCAGUUUUUCCCACAGAAUUCCAUAAUUUUAAUAUUGAACUAACCCAUCUAUCUAGGACUUCUAAAAACUACAUCAGGAAGGUGAGGUUAAAUGAGAGGUAGAAUUUGCGGUAUAAUAGGUAUAAUGGUAGCUUUCAAAGUUUUAUCUUCUCAAAACAUUGUCUUAGCCACUGUAUUUCUGAGAACUCAGACUGAAGCACAAAAGUCACAGUAUGCUUCUUUUAUUUAAGCACACAGAUUCAUGACACAAGUACUUGUUGAACAAGUGUUCUCAUUGCAGAGAGGUCUACUUGAAUAUAAAAGGGACAUCAUACUAGAUUAUUUAAAAAAAGAGAAUUGGAAAUCUAGAAUUGUGGAAGAAAUAUUUAUGCUUUGGAGAUCUAAAAAGUUAUGAAUGUAGGAAUUGGAUGAGUCCAGUUUGUUCUGUUAAUAUAAAAUGGUUAGAUAUAUUAAACUGCAAGUAGUAUCAGCUUCACUAUAAGCUUGGGCCUUCCUUCAUCCUGUUUUAUUUAAGUCUCUUUAAAUGAAAUUUUGUUGUCAUUGUUUCAGCAUUCAUGAACUUUCCUAGUAUCACAGGUUCUACUUUAAUUUUCUUUGCCAUAUGUGUUUCCAUUUUAUGGGACAUUAGCCACCAUAGGAACAGAAGAGUUGUCAGAAGACUCCUGGGUAUAGAGAGCAAAUCAAGCUGCAUCAGUAUUAUAGGGUACUAAACAGAAUCCUUUCUAUCAGGAAAUAAGAAAUCAAUUAAGUGUUGGCUGGGUGCGGUGGCUCACGCCUGUAAUCCCAGUAUUUUGGGAUGCCAAGGUGGGAGGACCAUUCCAGACCAGCCUGGAGUUCUAGACCAGCCUGGCCAACAUGGCAAAACCCCGCCUCUACUAAAAAUAUGAAAAUUAGCUGGGCGUGGUGGUGCACACCUGUAAUCCCAGCUACUUGGUAGGCAUGAGAAUUACUUGAACCCAGGAGGUGGAGGGUGCAGUGAGCCAAGGUUAUGCCGCUGCACUACAGCCUGGGUAACAGAGUGAGACUGUCUAAAAAAAAAAAAAAAAAAAAAAAAAAAAAAGAGUUAAGUGUUGAUUUUGUUGGAUUACUGACAGCUUGUUGAGGUAGAUUUUAAAAAGAGUCUGUUCAAACCAAAGUACCUGGAACCAUAAUCUGCCAUCAGAUUGCUAAACAUUCACAUAAUCCCCAUGUUUCACAGGGCUACAGGGAAGGCAAAUACAUCUCAGAUGAGCCACUUCCAAGGAGAGCAGUUCCUGGGCUGCAAAACUAGAUCUGGAUUUUGUUACUUAGGCCUCUCUAAAAACUGAGGUCAUGGAUAGGACGUAGCUUUUCUUCUCAUCUUUGCCAUUGUUACUUUUGUAUUUAGGGGAAUUAAAUCUCUUUUUAAAGAGCUUCCUUCCCCCUUUACCCCAUUUGUAUUUUUAAAAACUAAGGUAUAUAUAUUUGCUUGUUUUUGCAUUCUUUUAUUUUGUACUGCAUUCCCUGCUUUACCAAGUAAGUACCACAUAAAAGUGGAGGUGCAAAAGUAUGGUAAAUCUCUUCCCUUAACCUUAUUGCCUGCGUGGGUGAUAGCUAAUAGAAAAGUUGAUCGAUUUUUUUUUCAGUGGGUUUUUUGGGAGUAUAUACUUUUAAAAUGUAUAUAUAUGUUUUUGAGAGUUUUGUAUUAUUUCAUUUUAUAUAUUUUUUUCCUGAUGAAGGGUGAUAUAUCAUCCUAUGAAAAUUUCAUCUACCCUUCCCAUGUUACCUAUAUGGGCAAUAGCUACAGACUAGUUAUUUGGUUUCCUUCUUUGGAAGAAGGUGGUGAUGUUGAGAGGAGAGCAGAGUAUGUUCUUUUAAAAGUGUGUACAGAUGUUUUUGCUAUUUUGUGUUAUUUCAUUUUGUAUUUCAUUCAUCCAUUUUGUGGACGUGUAGCUAAAACGUGGUGGUCCAAAAGCAUGACAGAUGUUCCCUUUGCCUUUAUCCUUAUUGUUCUCAUGGACAGUAACUAACAGAGCAGUCCUAGUUGCUGUUGUUUUGAUCUAGUCUUGGGAGCUGGGGUUGUGUAUUCUUUCAAGUGUGUAUAAAUAUUAUGCCACCUUUUUAUACUUCAUUUUAUACUUGUUUCCUUGUAUGGAUGCAUAUAUAAUGAAAACAGGUUCAGAGUAUGACAAAUCUCCUCUUUUCCCUUUUCCUUAUUGCCUAUUUAGGCAGUAGCUAAUAGAGUAGUUUGUUUUGUUUUGGGGUGUGGGAGAGAGUGGAGUAUGCACUUAAUGUAUAUAAAUAUACUUGCUACUACAUUGUAUUACUAAUUUAGUUCAUACUGUGUCGUCAUAGACAUGAAAGUACCAAUGAAAUGUGGAGAUCUCAAUGUGUAACAGUCUCCCAUUCUCCUCAUCCCUUAUUGACUGCUAGGCAGUAGCUAACAGAGCAGUUGUCAAGUGGAGUAUUUGAGGUGAACGGGAGGGAUGGGGAAGGUAGGAAAAUGCACUUAAUGUAUAUACUUGUUUUUACUACUACAUUGUAUUAAUUCAUCGGGUGCCCAGACUGAAUGGUACCUAAUGAACCAUGGAGUUCCAGAUGUAUAACAGUCUCCUCUUUUCCCUUUCCCUUAUUGCCUAUGUGGGCAAUACUUAGAGUAGUUUGGGUUUAUUGAAGAUUUUUGCUAGGAGAGAGAAAAUGGUUUCAGGGUAAGAGUAUAUACUUUAAACAUGUAUAUAAAUGUUUUUGCUACUUUUCUGUCACAGCCUUUCUUACCUUGUCCUUUACAUGGAUAUAUGAAGAAAAUUGAGGUUCAGCCUGUAACAACUCUCCUCUUGUCCCCUUCCCUUAGAUUGCCUGUGUGGGCAGGUGUCUAAGAGAGUAGUUGAUUAGCUUCAGGGAUUCUUCUGUGGGUAUUGGGGUAUAUACUUUUGUAUAUGUAUGUACAUAUUUUUACUUCUUUAUUAUAGUGUUUAAUUGGGUACCCGGUCCUUCACUUGGACGUGUAGGUUCCUAAUGAGCUGUGGAGUUAUAGAUGUAUAACAGUCUCUUCUCCCUUAACCCUUUUUAUGUAUAUGGGCAAUAAUUUUGAAGUAGCUUGGAUUUUUUGAAGUUUUGAGGGGUGGGAGGGAUCUAAGGGCAGAUUAUAUACUUUUUAAAAAUGUAUAUAUACUUUUCAUUACUAUAUUGUAUUAUUUCAUGCUGUACCCAGUCCAUUGCUUGGACUUACAGGUACCUAAUGAAACGUGGAGGUCCGGAUGUAUGAAAAUCUCCUCUUUUCCCCUUUCCUUAUUGCCUCUGUGGGCAAUAAUUAUAGAGUAGUAUAGAUGGUUUUUCUUUUUUACUCCAUCUCCCUAUCUCCAGGAUGGUGGGGUGUGCACUUUUAGAAAUGUAUAUAAAUGUUCUUGCUUCUUUUUCCUGUUACUUCAUUGUGUGCCAAGGCCUUUCCAUGGAUACUUAGGUACGUAAUGAAAAUUGAGGUUCAUUCUAUGAAAAAAUCUCCCCUUCUCCCCUUCCCUUAUUGCCUGUUUUGGCAAUGACUAGUAGAGUAGUUUAAGGGAUUUAUUUUUUUGGUGGGGGGAGGUGGGGGAAUUUCUGGGUGUGUCUUUUUUUUUAAUGUAUAUAAAAGUUUGCUAGUUGUUGUUGUUGUUGUUCUUUCACUCUCAACACAGUUUUUUUGUUUAGAGUUGUAGGAAUCAAAUGUAAUGAGGGACCCAGACCCAGGAAUGUGGUAAAUAUUCUUUCCCUUCCUCAGAGCCUGUGUACACAAGCAAAUAGUAUAUGAGCACUACAGGGCUUGGGUUUUGGUUUUUUGCUUUUGAGGGUUUUAAUGAGGAGUGAGAUUGUGAGAGGAAAAGGCAAGAUAUAUAAUUUUUUAAUGUAUAUAAAUGUUUUGCCCCUUUUUGGUGUUAACUUCAUUUUGAAUCUGGUCCUUUGUAUGACCACUUAGGUACUUAAUAGUAAUAAAGUUGAGAUUAACUCUAUGAAAAAUAUCCCAUACUCCCCAUCCCUCAUUGCCUAGGGGGCAAUGGUAGAAUAGAUGUUUGGUUUCUUUUGGGGGGUGUCUGGGUGUGUGUAUGUGUGUGUGUGUGUGUGUGUGUGUGUAUACACACACAAGGACACACAUAUUUAUAUACUAUACACACACAUUUUAAUGUAUAUAAAUAUUUGCUACAUUCUGUGUUAUAUAAUGUGGUACCCAGUCCUCUGCUGGGACAUGUAUGUAUAUAAUGAAACAUGGAGGUCCAGACGUAUGAUAACUCUCCUCUGUUUCCCUUCCCUCAUUGCCUGCAGGGGCAAUGGUUUCAUAUCUUGGAAGUUUUUUAUUGUUUAAUUUUUUGUGUGGGGAGGGGUUCUUUGGGUGGGUAGUAGUUAGGGGGAAAGGACAGUGUCUAUACUUUUUAAAGAUGUAUAUAAAUGUUUUCAUGUUAUUGGUUUUGUACCUAGUCCUUUGCAUGGAUAUAUAGGUACCUAAUGAAAAUCGAGGAUCAGUGUAUGACAAAUCUCCCAUCCUCCCCUUUCCUUAUUGCCUGUGUUGGCAAUAGCAAGUAGAAUAGUUGUGUGUUGUUUACUUAUCUGUUUUGGAGAGAUUUCUAUUUUUGGUAGGGGAAUAUUCUUAAUAAGUAUAAAUAUGUUUUCAUAUCUUUAUUUCAUUUUGUAGUCUUUUGCAUGGCUAUGUAGGGACCUAAUGAAAGUUGAGUUUCGUAAUAUGACACCUCACUUCUUCUUUUCCUACAUAUGUGGUUAUUUUAUUUCAUUCUCUAGGAUCUAUUCCAUUAAGGAUACAAGUAUAUAGAUGCACAUAUAUCAUUUGCUUCUUUUUUCCCCCAUUAUUUUCCUUUAACACUAAGUCCCUUGCAAGGGACCUGACUGUACCUAACAAAAAUAAAGACCUACUAAAUCCCUGCCGUCUGGCUGGAAGGUAUAGCAGUGUAGUGAUGUAACUAAUGGCAACAAGUGUGCAGCAGAUAAAACAGGAGAAGACACUCGGCUAUGGUUGAGUUGUGAAAGCUAAUUAGAUCCAGCAUUUCUUAUGUUGAUUCAAAUUGAAUGAGAUAGUGAAAAGGGACCUGUGCUUUUGUAAAUUCUAGAAAGGCAAGAGGACAGUAUUGAAUAAAGAUGUGUUUAAACUUCAUUGCUCGUACAUCUUUUAGUAACUGGUAAACCGGCGAAGCUGAUAAGCCAAUAAGAGUGCUGUCUAGAACUCAUUUGCAAACCCUUAAGAGUAGCUUAUUCUUGAGGCCUGGACUUGUGGUUCAUCUAUAGAAGUCUGUUAUGAUUCCAUCAAUUGCAUAGCUUGUGUACCUGGUAGAAAUUGUUUGUUGGAGUGACCCUUUUGAGUUAUUGACAUGGCUCCGAUGAAUAGAACAUGAGCCCCAAAACUAAAUCCAAAAGGAAUUUUCUAUCUUUCAUCCCCCACAUGUGGCAAGACAAGUUAGCCCUUUCCUACCCAGAGUUAUUUUGUGUGACUGCAUCUUUCUCCGCUGUUCUCCAUUGUGUGCUUUCCUUUUUGUCUUUAGUGCCUACACUGUUAGGUGUUUUUCUUCACUGGCAUUCACAAAUUUAAGCCAUUGCUGCCUCAUUAGCCUUGUAUUUUGUGUGCAUAUCAUGUAUCCAGAACUGUAUGUUCACUUUAAGCAUUCUUACAUCACACUGUCUCUUCAUCUACCAUAUGGUAAAUGUUAAAACUCCACAUUUGUCUGCAUCAGAGAAAAUGCAUAUGCACACAUCCUCCCCGCCUCCCUCUCUGCUCUCUUCCCUUCCUUCAAGUCUCUUAGCAUUGUUUGUUUUCCCAUUUCUGACACUACUACUCCAUGCUGAAGAUUUGCCAUAUUACUGUUUUGGAAAUAUUGAAUGAUAGAACUCCUAGAAAAUUUUCAAAGAAAUGUUAUAUACUGUAUAUCAAACUCUCAGGUUCUAGUGUUGAAAAAGCCUAUACUUUGCUGUUACUUAUACCUGCUGCCAUAGAAAAAACUAAGUUGAUUCAUGACACAUUUAAAUUUGAUCAGAAGAAAAGAAAAAAGGGCACCUUUUCAGAGUUAGUCAUGGUAGUCAUUAGUGAUAUUUCUGAACAGUUCUUAACUUAAAAUACUUCAAAGGAAGUAAAGGUCAUGGCUUAGCUGAAGGAAAUGCUCCAGAAAUUGGACUUUAUAAACCAUCAGUACAAUAAUACGCUGUGUAUGUAUGUGUAUAUAAAAUGAGAAUUAUGGCAUAAUUGGAGCAUUUGCAUUAAUCAACAAACUCAGAUUGAGACGAAACUUAGUCUUACAGCUAGCUGUCUUGAUUAAAGCCAAGUGUUCCAUGUUGCUGUGAAGAAUAGCCUCUUUCAAAUACUUUGGAAAGUAGUCACUUGGAAACUUGUAAAGGUAUUACAUUUUUAUAUUUAAACACCUAUAGAGAUCUUCAAUUCCUUGAGUCUGAGCUUGUGGGUGGAAUUCUAAAUUUGUAUCAUAAUCUGUCUUUUGUGAAAGAUUUUGAAAAUAUGUAUAUAUAAUAUUGUAUAUGCAAAUUGUGUUGUUUCACUUGUAAAGGGAAAAGGCUUAUUUUUCUUUAUAUUUCUGAUAACUUGUUUUGCAUAUGACCAGCACUGACUGAAAGGCAUGUGUAACUGCAAACACUGUUGCUUUUUUGUGAAAUGAAAAUAAAAGUAUUUAAAUACAAA